AGUGGGCAUGUGCAGGUGUGUGUGCGUGUGUGUAAGGGGGGGUUGUUCUCCACUCGGUCGCUAAGGCUGCAGCAGAAGACCAAUCCCAAGCAGCAGAUCAACAGCAACACUCCCAACAGGUACAUCAGAAAAAACAUGUUGAUACUUCUCCCGAAGCAGCGACAUGAAGACUUUGCUUUGCCUCACUGUUUUACUUUGUGUCUUUGUUUUCCACCUCAGCGAGGCCAGGGUCAUCCCUGAGGGAGUGCCGUACGAUGAACCACCCGCCGUCCCCUACUGGCCGUACUCCACCUCGGACUUCUGGAACUAUGUAGAGUACUUCAAGUCCAUCGGGGCCUACAACCACAUCAACGAGAUGGCCCGGGCCUUCUUUGCCCACCAGCACCUGGGGAACACGCUGGGCUACGACAGCCCCACCGGACACGAGCACUGAGGUGGCAAGAACGACUGGGAAGUCACUGGAAGUGAAAA